ACUUGGUUGGCUUGGCAACUGGCCUAGGAAUACUGGCCAAAACAUUGGACUUUCUGGCGUUGCCCGUGACGACUACCUGUCGCAGUCAGCUGCCCGCCGGUGGCUGGUAAAUAAACAAGCAUUUCCACCAAAACCAAAUGGAGUUGCAGUGAAAACCAAUCGAAUUCUGAUAGAAAUAUUCCCAAAAAAUGGCCACGUGCUGCUAGAUGGGUCUACUGUGCGCCAAGCUGCGCGACUGCUGUUGUUACCAAGCCAUCAGCUGUUGUCGGAACUCCACGCCAACGUUGGAGGAAUUCCAGGUGCUCAUCCUGGGACCAUCGGGCAGUGGCAAAACGGAGCUGGGACACCGCCUGAGCAGAGUGCCACGUGCCCCCGACGACCAGGUGGCCACGAAUGGAGUGCGCUGCUAUCAGAUGCUAUCAUCAGCGGCGGAGCCACCUGCGCAGCUCCGGCUCACCGAAGUCGGUGGCAAUGUGGAGAUGCAGCGCCUGUGGAAGCACUACUAUGCCUCCGCCCAUGCCCUGAUAUAUUGCUUCGAUCUGGGUGCGGAUCCGGCGGAAAUCGAGGGCACAUUCUCACUGCUAACCGAUUGCCUGAUGGACAACGCCUUAUUGGCUGGGAAGCCAGUGCUCCUGGUGGCAUCACGUCAUCGGGCUGGUGUCCAGCUGUACGACGUGGAAUACGCUUUCGGCCUGGAAGAGCUGGCCAAAUCCUGCGGCUGUCCACUGCUCAUCUGCCACAUGGACGAGGCGGAGGACCUGCAGCGGGGAAUGCGAUGGCUUUGCCAUCAGUUGUUGGCCAGAAAAUCGCAAUUGGAUCAGCGGAUUCGGUACGAUGUAAAUAUGCAGGUUUGGCAGCGCCGAAAGCGAUCGCUUUUAUCCAGCGGAAAACUAGCUCAAGUUCAUAGACAUCGUUUUCGGCGACAGGCGCGCAAGAUAUUGCCUGUCAUCCGAGGAUUUGGUGGGAAGAAAGUGCGUCCCAGUACAGCACCUCCCAACAUUUUCUAUGUAAACUCGCAACCAGAAGAAACUAAUAAGCUUUAGGAAAAGUGAUUGAGUGCGCAUUUAAAGUGCCAAAAAAGAAAAUUAAAUUA